GGGGGGGAUUCAAAAUGAUAAAAGUUUUCAAUUUCCUUCUUAUCAAGUGAAAGUGAAAAUGAUGUUGUUGCAUUCUUCCAAGGAAGAGAUAUUUUACGCUUCACACAAAUUUGUGAAAACAGAUAUGAAAUGAAGUCAUAUACCACUAGGGAACUGGUGAUCAUGCAUAGGUAUUGAAAGACAGAAAAUAAAACGCUAGUCAUAGCUUUUUAUUUAGUCAUAGCUUAGAGUCUAGCUAGUCAUAGCUUAAAGUCUCACAUAAUGGAGAAAUAAAUAAAUAAAAAACAGCCUUAUAUGGCUCACCAAAAUCUUGAAUUCUACUAAGCUGAGUUUAUAUUGAGUAAUAUAAGCAUGUGAUAGCAUAUUAGGUGCUGCAGUUUAUAGCUGUCUAAAAAUAAAUUACACUAUUUUUAAGUAGGGUUAUGUAUUUAAUAGUAAGAAUGAAAUAAAUUAAUUGUAAUUCUUUUUUGCAUUUCCAUUAAUUUUCUAUUAGUAAUUAAAAAUUCCUGUUUUGGGGGCAUAUGGCACUUGAAUCUAGUGACAUUUAUUCUUCAAUGCUUUGGUUACCACCAGUAAAACCGACAAAUAUCCGGAAAAGUUUACAGAAUAUGAUAUAGAAAAUUAGACUCUGAUUGUCCACUAUUUUCAAAUAUAUCUCUCUAUAUAAUUGUUAUGAAAACAAUUCAAUAGUGUGAUACAGUAUGCUAAUGUCAAUGUAAUAUGACAUAAAAUGUUUUCGUUUAUAUAGCUGGUGCUGGAGAAAAAAUAGGAUGGGCAUUUGGACUAGGAUUGGAAAGACUUGCAAUGAAAUUAUAUAGUAUACCAGAUAUUAGAUUAUUUUGGACUCGUGAUACGGGAUUUUUGUCCCAGUUUGAUGUGAAAGACAUUGAUGCACCUAUAACAUACCAGGCAAUUAGUAAAUAUCCACAAUGUACCAACGACAUAUCUUUCUGGGUACCUGAAGGUUACCAUCCAAAUGACUUCUUUGAUAUAGCAAGAAAUGUUGGAGGUGAAGUAAUUGAACAAGUUCACAAAGUUGAUGAAUUUUUCCAUCCGAAGCACAAAAGACAAAGUUAUUGCUACCGUAUUGUGUAUCGACACAUGGAGAGAACUUUAAGCCAGAAAGAAGUAAAUGAAAUACACAAAAAAAUUGAAGAUGCAGCAGUGAAGUUUUUGAAAGUAGAGAUACGUUAAAUACAUUGAUGUGGCAUUAAAAUUUAUAUAUAAUGUGGAAGUAUUUUUCAAAUGAAAUUGUUUUGCAUUGAAAAUAUAAUACAAACUGUGAAAUAAAUAUGAAAUGUUUAAAAUUUUCAAAACUUUAUUAUCUGUCUCUUCUGUCAAUCUCAUUAUUGUAGUCCAAGAUAUAGUGUGGUAUAUGGCCUACUCGUUCAAUCACAGUUACAAUGAUAACCUGUGUAUAUUACUUUGCAUUAUCACCAGAAAUUAAAAUAUAAAUUAUAUGAAACUAAGAAAAGCAUAUUUCAAGGCAACGUUAAAAAUUUUUUUAAAAACUGAAAUACUUCAGAAAAAUGCAGUUGGCCGAAUACUGAAGAUUUUAGACUCUCAUUUACAAUGGUCAUUGCACAUACAUCUUUCUCAACUGAGCUUGAAAUUAAAACCUCCAUUUGAUGCUAACUCUUAAAAAAAAAAAAAAAAAAAAAAAAAAAAGAGAGCACCAUCUUUUUUUUUGCUUUGCAUUGUUGUACUGAUAAUU